AUGUGGUCGAUUCCCUUCAUCCCGUAUCCGCCUGCCAAGGCUGGAUUCUGGAGCCCCGUCACUUCUACCCUCAACUGGUGUGAAGAGGAUUACUAUGCGACACCCUACGCCGCCGAGAUCGUUAACACCCUGACGAAUCUCAUGUUUAUGUGGCUGGGUAUCAAGGGUAUUAUCAGCUGUCGCCGCAAUGGACAUGAUCAGAUCUUCCUGGUUGCUCUUUUGGGAUACUUGCUCGUCGGCACCGGCAGCUUCCUGUUCCACUCCACCCUGAAAUAUCCCAUGCAGCUGGUCGAUGAGCUUUCUAUGAUCUAUACCACCUGUCUUAUGUGCUAUGCCUCGUUCUCCUACCAGCGCCCAACAAGUGUCCGUCUAGUCCUGGCAAUCUCGCUCACCAGUCUGUCGGUCUUUAUCACUCUUUAUUACCAUUAUCUCCAGGACCCCGUCUUCCACCAGAAUGCAUACGCACUCCUGACCUUUGUGGUGGUCAUUCGCAGCAUGCAUACCAUGGAGACGACUCUACGGCCCAGGUGGCGCAAGUCCCGCGAAGAGGACCGCCUCGAACGCCAGAGAAAGGGUGAAAAGGUACCCACCAAAGAGCGCCAACACUACGAGAAUGUGCGCGACACAAAGACCCUUAAGACCAUGUGGUUCAUGGUCACCUACGGACUGAGCAUGUUCCUCGGCGGUUUCCUGAUAUGGAACCUCGACAACCAGUUCUGUUCUCAGAUCCGCCACUUGCGCCGAACCGUUGGCCUGCCAUGGGGGAUAUUCCUUGAAGGACACGGUUGGUGGCACAUCAUGACUGGCAUCGGUGCAUACUUGUACAUCGUAUGGGGAAUUUGGCUUCGUCACUGCCUGAACAAUCGCCAGGAGGAGUACCAUCUGCGCUGGGCGCACUUCUGGCACAUCCCCGAGGUGAUCCGUACCACCCCACCGACCGAAAAUGGAGUGGCCCGAGACAAGAAGUCCACCUAG